AUGCUUGGCAUCGAUCCUCUAAUCAUCUACCACCGACUCCAUGUCAACCCAGCUAGAGGGCCAAUGGCGCAGAAGAGACGUAACUUCGUUCCCGAGCAAGUCGUGAUUAAUGAAGCAGAGAUUGAUAAGCUCCUAGUUGCUGGCUUCAUCAAAGACAAUUUCCCACUACCAAGAAUCGACUAG